AUGGCUGUUUGGGAUCAACUAGAACCGUCUAAUAUUCAUAUCGCUUAUGCUUGUAUUGGUGUGUUCUCAUCGAUUUUUUCUUUAGUGUCCCUAUUUGUGAAGGAAAGGCUCUAUAUCGGUGAAUCCACUGUGGCGGGUAUCUUUGGACUUAUUGUCGGGCCACAUUGUCUGAACUGGUUCAAUCCGCUGUCAUGGGGUGCUUCGGAUAGCAUCACUUUGGAAAUUACUCGUAUAAUUCUGUGUCUGCAGAUCUUUGCCGUGGCAGUCGAACUACCGAGGAAGUAUAUGCUGAAGCACUGGCUAUCGGUCACUAUGCUGCUUCUCCCGGUGAUGACAUCUGGUUGGCUGAUAAUCGGACUAUUUGUGUGGAUAGUGAUUCCUGGAUUGAGCUUUUCGGGUAGCUUGCUGAUAGCGGCUUGUAUAACGGCCACCGAUCCUAUUCUGGCACAAUCUGUUGUCUCGGGUAAGUUUGCUCAAAGAGUUCCUGGGCAUUUGAGAAAUCUUUUGUCUGCUGAGUCCGGUUGUAACGACGGUAUGGCGUUUCCUUUCAUCUUUCUUUCGUUGUAUCUGGUCUUGUAUCCUGGAAACGGGGGCUUGAUCGUUAAAAAUUGGAUAUGCGUGACUAUUCUGUAUGAGUGCAUAUUUGGUUGCAUCCUCGGUGUCUGUAUUGGUUAUAUUGGUAGAAGGGCCAUUAGAUUUGCUGAGGAGAAAAACAUUAUCGAUCGUGAAUCGUUCCUAGCAUUUUAUGUUGUUUUGACUUUCAUGUGUGCAGGUUUCGGUUCAAUAUUGGGUGUCGACGAUCUGCUGGUGUCGUUUGCUGCGGGGACAGCUUUCGCCUGGGACGGAUGGUUCAGUACCAAAACACAGGAAAGCAACGUUUCCACUGUCAUUGAUCUGCUGUUAAACUAUGCUUACUUCAUUUAUUUCGGUGCUAUUAUUCCCUGGGAAAAUUUCAAUAAUCCUGCCAUUGGUACGAGCGUGUGGCGGCUAAUUAUACUUGCCAUUGUUGUCAUAUUUCUGAGAAGAAUCCCGGCAGUUUUGCUGUUAAAGCCGUUUAUACCAGAUGUCAAGUCAUGGCGGGAAGCACUGUUCGUUGGUCAUUUUGGUCCCAUUGGCGUUGGUGCUGUUUUUGCAGCAAUUCUAGCUAGACAGGAAUUGGAGGAGCACAUUUCUCACGUUGAAACAAAGCUCACAGAUAUGCCAGAGAAAGGAAGUCCUCAGUGGCAACUCAUCUCAUGUAUAUGGCCUAUUGUGUGUUUUUUUAUUGUCACAUCCAUAAUUGUUCAUGGAUCAUCCGUGGCUAUCAUUACAUUAGGGCGUCAUUUGAACACAAUAACUUUGUCGAAGUCCUUCACCACUCAUACCACACAUGGCAAUGGAAAAACAUCCUGGAUGCAGAGGUUGCCCUCGCUGGACAAAAGCGGACGUUCGUUCUCUUUACAUAGAGUUGACACAGAGGCGCCUCCCGGUGAUAAUCAAGGUAAUAUAGAAACUAGUGGGAUGCUGGCAAGACCAUUCGGCGGAAUGAAGAGGCGGAAGGCUAAGAAUAAGAAGAAGCAUAGACGAAGAAGUGAACUGUUUCACGUUUUGUCUAGAAACAACACAAGAAACCAAGAUGCGUACGAUGAUGAACUUAAUGACCUAGGUAGAGAAAGGUUACAAAGAGAGAAAGAAGCGAACGCAGCGGCGUUCGCUUUGGGUAUGCCUAAUAGAAGCGAUAAGGAAAGCGAAGAAGACCUAAAAGAAAAGCUUGAUACCUCUACGGAACAUCCUAGCUCCAGCGAUCAGACGCAAGAUGCUACAGAAGGCAAGAUGAGUGAUUUACAUGAUGGUAUCGAUGUCAUGGAUGCACAGGCGACUGCUCAUAUCAUAAAAGGACUCGAUACUUUAGCUUCUAACCACGAUGAUUCCAACUUGGAGUUUGUGGAAGACCAAACAGGCCCGUCACCAUCGGGCGAAUCACCAACCGAUGUUGAAGCGCAUAAGGAUACCAGCUCAACAGCGUCGUCAGAGGCUGAAAGGAGGAGAAGGAUAAGAGAAGAGGAAGAAGAAGCUCAUGUGGCGUACGCGGAAGAUAACAAACUAAUUAUUGAAAACAAAGCAGGUGAAAUUAUAGAUCAAGCAGAAUUUAAUAGACCACCAAGAGAUGAUGAGGAGAGCAUCGGCAGUGACCUAUCGAAGGUAUUGAGUAAUAAGUCAUCACGGAGUCUGAAAUCGUUAAAGAGAUCUCUCUCCCCGACGAGUUUUGUCAGGAUGCGUGGAUUGGUGGAUACCGACCGUAACAGAAAGUACUAUGCGUACAAGAUGGACAAUAUGCUGAUAAUAGAAGAUGAAGAGGGCGAAGUCUUACGUCGCUAUAAGAUCAAUACGCAUGAUGAAAAGACCGCUACCAGGCCGAGAAGCGCAAGCGUGAUGGCCAAAGCCCUCUCAGCAGUCGGUUUGAGAAGUAAACAGAGCUCAAACGCUAAGGAUAAAGAGCCAAGUCAAACAGAGGAUAUGAAAAAGAUGGUAAGAAACCUAACUCCCGCCCCUAAAAAUACCCACGCAAGAUCCGAUGAGGACAUCGGCGAAGAGGAUGAAGACGACGAUGAUGAGCUAAGUGAUGAUGACGGUUACUCCUACGAUUAUGAGCAGGAUAACGACACCUUUAGCAAUGGUUCCGAAUCCGCAAACGACACGCAAAGCUACUAUGACUCUGACGAGGCGAACAUUGCAGACAGUGGAGCUGUUAGCGACGCAGCCUCCGAAACGGUUGUCGAAAGAGAAAGGCGGCUCAACGCAUUGGGCCAUGUAAGCGCGCCGCGCGAUGUCGACGAUGAAGAAGAGCCCCCCACACCCAUAGAAUCGCAACCCAAUUCUGGUCCUACUGCGGCUAAAAAGAUGGCUACGAUUGGAAAGACGUUCCAUCUCAAAUAG